AUGCCGUAUGGGGGCCCCCAGGGGGGCCCCUGUCCUCAUAGGGGUGGAAGGGGCCCCUACAAAGUGCAGCAGCAGCAGCAGCAACUGCAGCAGCAACAGCAGCAACAGCAGCAGCAACAGCAGCAACAGCAGCAGCAGCAGCUAAGCAGCAGCAGCGAUGGAUGCCCCCAAAUACAAACAGCAACAACACCAAAAGAAGCAGCAGCAACAGCAGCAGCAGCAACAAAAACAAAAACAUCAGCAGCAGCAACAGCAGCAGCAGCACAACUCCCUCUAUCAAUAAGGGGGCCCCCCGUGCUGCAGCAAAAAUAUAAUAAUCUUAACACAGGGGGGCCCCCAGGGGGGCCCCCAGGGGGGCCCCCAGGGGGCCCCCCAGGAUAUGUUGAAGACGAUGAGGAGCUGCAAACCCUUUUCAGCAGCAACGCUGCUAGCUUCUACCCCUCACUGCAGCAGCAGCAGCAGCAGCAGCAACAGCAGCAGCAGCAGCAGCAACAGCAGCAGCAGCAGCAGCAGCAGUGGGUGCAGCAGCAGGGAUAG